UAUGUGUUUGUCACUGGCUAUUGAUAUAUUCAACACUCGUCGUCCACUCCUUUCUCAGUCUCUCUCUGAUCCUGUCAGUGUAGCUAUUAUGCUUCAAAGAGAGGGUGUCAUAACAGGACAAGUAUUGGCUAGUGUGGAAUCAGCUAGUCCCUCUGUUGCUAGUCAACGUGAAGUCCUGUUAGAUGCUAUUAUAGUAGCUAUUCAUGGUAAAUAUAGCAUACUACAAACCUUUGCUAGUGUGUUGUGCAAAUUCACUGGUAAUGUAAAAUUAGGAACAGUUAUACAAAGAGACUAUGACAAAGCAUUUAAUAACAAAAAUCAAGUGAUAUCUGACGAUGAAGCUCAGGAAUCUUCUGAUUCUGAUUCCAAGAAAUUAACACCUACAAAUGUUGCUCCACUUUACAUUCCACAAUAUAAAAGUCAAGAUUUUGAUGUCCUUUCUGCAAAAUUUGCUAAAAUGUUUUCUAGCAUUCGCAAAGUUAUUUCUAAAUGUCCUCCUCCUUUAGAAGAUCUUAAGACAUUCAUUGAAGAUUUUAACUCUGACCUGGAAGCAGAAUUAAGUGCAAUAAAAAAUCUUCAAGGUGUCAUGCGUCUAAUUAGAAAAAAUUGCAGUCUCAUCAAUAUUGUAAUUCUUGAAGCUGUUGUUGAGCACUUCGAGAUUGAUGAUGCUCAGAAAUACAUUGAUGAUUACAAGAGGGAAAUUGAUGAGUCGUGUCGUAAUUUAUCAGUUGAUUUGUGCUUGAAUGAGCCAUUUGAUGUAGUUAGGGCUAGUCCUCCUCUUAAAUGUGAAACAGCUACUUAUGUACUUGGAUGGGAAGCUACUGAGCAUAAGCUAAAGGAUGUUACAGAUAUCGUAUCAAAAUCUUCUGGUAAAUUUGUGAAGCUGGUUGACAUCAAAAGCACUCAUUCCAUCACCAUCACAUGCUCCUUCCCUCACUCUCUCACUGGAGCUCUCAUUAUAAAAUUGAGUGAGAAUCUUGAGUUAUUAAUAAAGAAUGGUCUAAUGAUGCUUACUGUUGGGUACUGCACAAUAUGGAAGAAACAAAAGAUGCAAGAAAUACAGGAACCACUGGAAGAGGAGAUAAAGGAACAACCUCAUGAUACAAAGAGACAUAAAGAACUGAAAGAAACUGCACAGCAACUAACAAACAUACUUAGUGAAAAAGAAAAGGAAUUGAAUAAAAUUAAGGAAGAAAUACAUGAAGAACUGUCAUUAAUAAAGAAAACUAAGACAGUGUUCCCUGCAUCGGCUAAUCUAUUCUGGUUACUAGCUUCUGUAGACUUCUCUCAAAUUGCUAUGUCCACAAAAUCUCAAGUGGGAACGAAGCAACAAAGUCAAAAAAAGUCUGAUGUUGUAAAACUACCCAAAAAGAAAGGGCCACAUUAUCCAUCAUGGUUAUUUGCUCAUUUUUGUGAUGAACUGGUCUCAAUUCUCAUUAAAGAUCGUGAUCUUUUACUUCAUCUCACUGAUUCUGUUACGAUCAAUCUACUGAAGCACCCAGUUGACAUGAAAAAAAUACAGCGAAAUUCACAUUCCAUUAUUGGAUGCAAAAUGCUUGCAAAUGCUGUCUUGGAGUACCUUAGUAAAGCAAAAUGUCCUGAUUAUGCCAUAUGUGAUCUUUUGCUUAUACUCGAAAGUGAAGGUAAUGUAGAACUAACAUCCUUAGUAAAUGAAAUCAGAAAACAAGCUGAAAAGCACUCAUAUAAUAUUAAGCCUAAGACCAAUAUCCAGGUUUUUUUAUCAGUAGCUCAUGCAAGCCCCAAAUGUAUUCAAAAUUUUCGAACCAGUUUCCAGUUGCCUCUUGAUCCAAAAUGCUCUCUAAUGGUAGUUUCAGAGUUCAUACCAUUAAAUAAAGUCACACUGAAAGGCGAGAAUACAAUAGGUCAGAUGUCACAAUUGUCUAUUGAUGAACUCUGCAAUGUGCCACCUUCCUCCUGGAUACUAAUAGAAGGUGUAUCUGGCAUUGGAAAAUCUACAUUAGCCUAUGAAAUGCUUAAGCAGUGGAAGGAUGGCACUGCUUUGCAGAAUUAUUCUUAUGUUUUAUUGUUACGUUUUCGUAAUGAAAAUGUGCAUCAAUAUUGGUCCCCAUCAAAAGUAACACAAUUAAUUCAAGAGUGCUUAAAUGAGCAAUAUCAUGAGCAACCAGAUAUAUUGAGCAACAGUGGCCAAGAUUUGCUUUUAAUUUUGGAAGGCUAUGAUGAACUUCCAAAGAAAGAGUUAGAAUGUCACGCACAAGUUUUUUAUCAAUUGAACAGAAAUUUUCACAAUGCUGUGGUCGUUAUUACAACUCAUCCUUCAUUUUCAUACCAACUCUCUGAUAAAAUUUUGUUUGCAAAGAAAAUUGAAAUUAUUGGAUUUGAUAAACCUAACCAAGAUCAAUACAUUAAAGUAGCUUUUAAAAAUGAUAAAGCUAAACAGGAUCAGUUUAAAGAAAGCAUAAAAAGCUGUCCUAUUAUUGCACAACACCUUAGCGUCCCCCUACACUUAGCCAUAAUGAUCAAGGUAUUUUCAAGUAGUACACAAAAGCUACUACCUCAAACAAUAACAGAAUUGUACGAGUCUUUUGCAAUGAUCUUAAUUUGCAAAAAUUCACCCCAAAACGAAGAAAGUAUCUUUAAAAAAUGUUGUGAAAUAGCAUAUGAAGGUUUACUCAAGCAACAAAUAGUAUUUGAUUGUGAUGAGACAAACACUCUUGGCUUAAUGCAGAGAGAAUCCAAAAUACCAGGCAAGGAUGGGGGAAUAAAAGCAGUUUCUUUUCUUCAUUUCAAAAUGCAAGAAUUCCUGGCUGCUUAUCACAUGCAAGCUGAAUUUUUGUUAAAGGAACAAAAGAAACUUUUUGAAAAGUACAAUAGUCAUCAACAACUUUUUCCUACAAUGCACUUCUUUUCAGGGCUCACAAAGCUUCAAAAAGACCUUCACAAAAUUGUCAAACUGACAGGUGCAUAUACAUUUCCCCUUGAUCAGUUUUAUCAUCUAAUGGAGAUAAAAAAUGAUGCUCUGGUUUCUGAAAUGCUGAAUGAAAAUGGAAUGAUUGAUGUGUCACGUGUAUCAAGAGCUAUUACAGUGCAAGAUUUCUACAUAUUGGGGAGAUGCUUUGGCCUUUCUUCAUGUUCUUGGAAGUUUGGUUUUACAAUUCGUGGCUUAACAAGUGAGCAUAUGAAGAUGUUUGUAUCUGGCUUUACUGAUGUAUUACCUUAUGUGCAAUCACGACAGUCUCCGAAUCUCGAGCGUAUUGUUUUAUCCCUUAACCCAAUUGGUAAUGAAGGACUAGCUACCUUCCUUAGUUUACCACGAUCAGUUUUACGUACAAUCACCGAAUUUUUUUUACGAGCUGCAUCGUUGAUGAAUAAUGACUGUUUUAAAGAUUGCAUAACAAAAUUUGAGCAUUUUCAUGCAUUAGAAACUUUUCUGUUUCAUGACAAUGAGUUUAAAGAAGGUGAGCAGCAACAGCUAAUUGAUGUCCUCUGUACAUUGAAACACCUUGAGAAAGUUUCCUUUUCCAGCCUCAGCCCUCAGGAAUGCUUCACUCUUUUAUCACAAUCUCAUUUAACUGAGCUGGAGCUUUAUGAACUUUCUUUUGAAUCAGUUGAAGAGUUGUUGAUCUCAUUAACUCAAUGCAUGACACUUAAAUGCAUUGAGUUAUAUCAGUCUCCAAUAACAAAAGAAAUUGUAGAGAGAAGUCUUCGACAUUCUUUGCCUCACUGUACAUUCAAGGAAUUGAAACUGAUCAAUUGCAAAAUUGAUUCUAAAAUGGCCAAUUUAAUUAUUGAUGCAGCUAUGUAUAGUCCAACACUUCAAGUUAUUGAUCUAAGUGACAAUGUCAUUGAUGAUGAAGGGGGUUGUUACAUUGCCAGCAAAUUGUGUGCACUUUAUCAAAAGUUGCUGCCAAGUCCAGCAAAAAAAAUUACACAGCUAUUUUUACAGCAUAAUUGCUUCACUGAGACAUCCAUUAAAGAGUUUACAUGCAAGUUAAUUCAGCUACCUUAUACCUUUACCAUACACCUCUCACUGCAAUGGAAGGAUUACAUUGAAACCAAAUUGAGACAUGUUGAAGAAUUGCUACUAAUAAAUGUUCAAAAUGAUAAUUUAGUUCUACAAGCUAGACACGAGCCACAACAUGGCACCCAAGCUCCCAGUGCUACCGAUAGUACUAAUGAGGAUGAUACAGAGUCUGGCUGGAAUAAAGUCAAAAAGAAAAGAAGAGGUCGUCCCUCUAAAUAAACAAUUGGUUUUAAACAUUGCCUUUCCUUUGUUUGUCUCCUUUUAUGGAGUGCUUCAUUUUGAUUAUUUUGUUUAUGUGAUUGAUAUCUGUUUUUAGUAGCUUUAGUUAUGGCUAGCUGUUAUAAAACUGUAACAAUACACAUUAUUAUUAUUGUUAUUAACAAUAAUAAUAAUGUCUUAUAUUUUAUUAAUUUGUGUAAUUAAUUACUGUUUUGUAGUAGUAACUGACUAUUGUAGUUAUUACCUGGGCCUGAGCAGCCGGUUGUUUUGUUCUUUAUUCGUCUGUGUGUGUAUCCAUUGUCUAUCCUUGCACAUGCUAUUUUAGUUCUGGUUGUGUACUGUUUUUAUUGCUACAAAGAUAAUUCUUUUUAAAACUGAGAA